GGGCAGCUGUUAAACAUGCUGCAGUGCGACUGCAGGGGAGGGGAUUCCAGGAAAGAACAGGACACGUCAGUGACUCCCCAAUGGUCUUUGGGCGAUAUCUUUCCUCUUCCAUCCAUCAUCCCAAAAUGCUGCGAAUCCAAAACAAUUAAAAGAUCCCACCUAGUGCAUCACAAUCGUUUCCAGGCUGCUGAAGUGAGACAAGACAUUGCUGACAACAAUCUGACGCCACGAAAUGUACAUACAAGCAGUUUGCAUACUCAGGCACAGAGAUCUCCUAUGCAGAACAAGCCUACUAGAAUCGCAAACGCAAGCUUCCGCUUCCUCUGCGAGGUUGACAGAACCAAGGCCAGCUCCGACUACAGAGCCCAGACCCCCUUCGCCGUCGGCCUCAAGAAAAGCCCCGAUGGCGAGCCCAUGCUGCUCGUCGCCAACAAGCCCUUCGAGAAGCUCUUCGGUCAAGUGCCGGACGCAGGCCUCCCGCUCAGGCAGCUGCUGGGCCCGGCCACCAAGGCAGCGGACCGUGACAGACUGCUGGAGGGCAUCCGCGGAGAGGGACGGAGCGAGGCAGGGAGCAUGCUGCUGUACGGCAAGAGCCAGCAGGCGGGGAGGAAGGCGCUACCGGUCGAGGCGACGAUAGAGGUGCGGAGCCUCAAGGACACCAAGGGGUACAGGACGUACUUUGGGAUGCGGGUGGAGGGCGUGAAGCCAGCGGAUCACGAGUACGUGAGACACUGUCAAACAUCAAACGAGUGGCUAGGGCACGACCUCAAGUACAAGCAUGAGAGGAGCUCGAAAGAGCACUCCGUAGAGAAGAAAGUCGGCCUCGUCUCCCGGAUGCUCAUGCUGCACGUGCGGGACGACGACAAGGAGGAGAGGCAUCGGCAGCAGCUGGAUCCGUACGGAGACAUCGACAGGCCCAUCGACCUGCAUGUGAGCUUGAACCAAGGCAGCAAGGCUGUCGACAGGAGGAGCAGAGACGACCUGGUCAAGGACGUACUUAGGCGAUGCAGUCUGCAGAGCUUUGGGAUCAAGGAUACGGUUGCGUCGACGACGAGCAUGGAGAGCUUGCACCAGAAGAGCCAGGAGUGGGUUGCGGAGCAUCGCGAGCUUUUCAACCCGAUCCGGGAGCGAGGGUCGUACUCGGUGGAGGUAGUACCGGGGGGGCUGCAGGUACCGGUUAAGCAUCCUUUGAUGCUCCAUUAG